AUGACGCUAUGGAGUGCGACGCGUAUGUUUAAGCGUACAUCUACCCGUUUCAGUGCUUCCAUCACUCAGUGGCUCUACAUGAACUGCAGGAACCGUUGUUUCUCUCAGUGCUCGGCUUCCAUGCGGAGGGGGUCACGUGCACUUGCAUGGGGACGACGGAUGCUCCUUUGCGCAGUCGCUGUUACCACCUCUUACGUCUUCAUUGAUUAUGCAACCGCUCAGUCAAUUACUCGUUCCAUGCGGGCAUUAAUCACAACGGCACGCGUAGUAUACAUGUACAAGGGGGCAACACCCGAAACAUCUGAAGAACGUUCUAACCUUCACCGUGCAGCCGCUUUGUCGCUUCUUAACCUUUGUUUGAGGAAUGAAGGACUUUACAUAAAGUUGGGGCAGUCACUAACGGCUAUGAACCACAUAUUGCCAUGGGAAUACAUCGAUGUUCUCACCGUUUUGUUAGAUAGAGCUCCGGUUGUGCCCCUCGAUGAGGUCCGUAGAAUCAUCCAGGAAGAGACGGGAAGGUCAUGUGAAGAGCUGUUCGUUCGUUUCGACCCCAAUCCCAUAGCAUCCGCCUCAAUUGCACAGGUGCACCGGGCUCUGAUGCAGCCGUCGGAUCCAAUACAGUCCCCAGUGGAAGUUUGUGUAAAGGUGCAGAAACCCCAUAUUCGGCGUCAAGUGUUUUGGGACCUUCAAACGUACCGUUUUGUUUUGCAUGUACUGGGCGCUGCAUUUAAUAUACCCGUUGCUUGGAUGAAGGAAACUGUCGUUGAAGGCAUCCGCCGUGAAGUGGACUUUUCCAUAGAGGCGAGAAAUGCUACUCGUAUACGACAGGAUUUUGCAGACCGCAGGGAUUUGUAUGUGCCGGAGGUGUAUGGGGAUCUUGUUACCCCUCGGCUACUUGUGAUGGAGUGGGUAGAUGGAGUGAAAUUGGUCGACGUGGUGGCUGUGCGGGAGCAAUUUGAUGAAGUGAAGGUUCUCCAAACCGUCUUCGGUGCCUUCGGUGACAUGAUUUUUAAGAGCGGCUUCGUGCAUUGUGAUCCUCAUGGGGCAAACAUUCUUGUGCGUCCACAACCAUAUCCAAUGGAAGAGGAGGCGUCUGGAAAGUCGAAGGAGUUGAGGCAGCCAGGUGGGAGGUGUUGCAACCCGCAGGUCGUUUUGUUGGAUUUCGGGCUGUGCUGCCCCGAAUCAGAGCGGUUCCGCCUUGAGUACGCUCUUCUGCUCAAGGCGAUGAUAAUGCAAGACAUGGUGACGGUGAGGAAAAUAGUUUAUUCGUGGGGUGUCGACGACGAAAAAACAUUUUCAACCCUUCAGUUGCGUAGGUCUUACGCAUCCCUUCACCGAAGGAACUGUGGUGAGAUGACAAGGGAGGAGGCAAUGCACAUGCACAAUGAAGAGAGGGAGCGCAUUAUGAAUGUGCUGAAGAGGGAGGAACAGUUACCCUGUGAAUUAGUUCUAGUUGGAAGAAGUAUUGAUAUUCUUCAUGGGGUUAAUCGUCUGUAUGGUGGGCUUGUGAACCACAUGAGGGUUUUUGGUCGCCGUGCAGUUUCAGCACUGGGUCGUCUUAAUACAUAUGAAGAUAUUCAGCUCUACUUAACGCAUCUCGUUGGCCUUUCCAACGGUAAUGCAGGAGAAGAGGCAAUUCCGCCGUGUUGUAGUGGCAAACUCUUGUCUUUAUUUGACCCUACACUCGAGCACCAACGGCGUGAAGAGGCCGCAGCCGUUCUUAAGUUUCGAAGUGGGGUAACCGCUGCUUUUCGUUACCGAGUCUGGGAGGGUAUUAUCUCUUUACUGAUGUUGUUUCAGUUUGAGCUGGCACUCCUCUUUUUGGAUGCCUACCACAUGUUCAUUCGGUGGUACAGCAAAGUGUUUGAAGUAUCCAUUUGGAACUGGAUGGAUGCGCGUUGGCAGAGGUUCAUAAAGGCGGGGUGUUGUGGGAAGAAGGAAAACAAGUUUUAUUCCAUACGGUAA